CUCUAACGUCACACGUUUUUUUUUCCUGCAGCGAUAAUCAUGGCGGAUCAACAAUUCAACAACUUUCUCUGGCUCUUGAUGGUUUAAGUCAUCUCUAGGAUUAUCUGAAGGCAAACCAGAUUGCUGAAGUUCUCUGCUGCCUGCCGUGAUGGAGCAUAUUCAAGGGGCAUGGAAAAGCAUCAGUCAUGGGUUUGGAUACAAAGACUCUGUAUUUGAAGACUCCUGUAUGUCUCCCACCAUUCUCAAGAACUACCCUUACCGCAGAUUAUCAGAUGAUGGGAGAAUCCCAGACUCGAAAACUAGCAGCACAAUCCGCGUCUACCUGCCCAACAAACAACGCACUGUGGUGAAUGUGCGACCAGGCAUGACAUUACACAACUGCCUCAUCAAAGCCCUGAAAGUUCGUGGACUUCAGCCAGAAUGCUGUGCUGUUUUCAAGCUGCAUGCAGAACAUACCAAACACAAAAAGUGCCGGAUGGAUUGGAACACUGAUUCUACCUCACUCGUGGGAGAGGAGCUGCUGGUUGAAGUCUUAGAUCACGUACCCCUGACGACGCACAAUUUUGCACGAAAAACAUUUUUAAAGUUGGCCUUUUGUGACAUAUGUCAGAAGUUUCUCCUACACGGCUUUAGGUGUCAGACAUGUGGCUACAAAUUUCACGAGCAUUGCAGCACCAAAGUGCCCACCAUGUGUGUGGACUGGAGCAACAUUCGACAGCUCUUGCUGUUCCCCACUCCAGGAGAGAAUGGGACUACAUCCCUCCCUCCCCCAUCAUCCCGGCGGAUGCAAAACUCUCGAUUCCCCUUCAGUCCUUAUCACAGAUACUCCACACCAAAUGCUUUCAACUACAUCACCCCAGUGCCGUCGCCUGGUGUUUCUCUCAGUCAUAAUAAGGUGCUGUCCACAUCCACCCCAAAUGUCCACAUGGUCAGCACUACCCAACCAGUAGAUGAAGCCGCUUAUCAGGAAGCAUUAGGAAGUGAAGAAUCAGGAAGCCCUCAAAAUCGAAGCCCAAUAGAGUGGUCGAAAACCCCAGUUCCAGCUCAGAGGGAAAAAGCACCUUCAACUAACACUCAGGAAAAAAACAGAAUCCGUCCUCGUGAGAAGAGAGAUUCCAGCUAUUAUUGGGAGAUUGAGGCCAAAGAGGUGGUCUUCCUCUCCAGGAUUGGCUCAGGGUCUUUUGGCACAGUUUACAAAGGGAAGUGGCAUGGUGAUGUUGCUGUGAAGAUUUUAAAAGUCACAGAUCCGACACCAGAGCAGUUUCAGGCCUUUCGCAAUGAAGUGGCUGUUCUCAGGAAGACCAGGCAUGUCAAUAUUGUUUUGUUUAUGGGAUACAUGACCAAGGCAAACUUGGCCAUUGUGACGCAGUGGUGUGAAGGAAGUAGUCUCUACAAACAUCUGCACGUACAAGAGACAAACUUCCAGAUGUUUCAGCUGAUUGACAUCGCCAGACAGACAGCACAGGGCAUGGAUUAUUUACACGCAAAGAAUAUCAUCCAUCGGGAUAUGAAGUCAAACAAUAUCUUCCUGCAUGAAGGUUUGACAGUGAAGAUUGGAGAUUUUGGUCUGGCCACAGUGAAAGCAAGGUGGAGCGGCUCACACAGAGUAGAGCAGCCCUCCGGAUCAGUUCUGUGGAUGGCUCCUGAAGUCAUCCGGAUGCAGGACAAUAAUCCGUACAGUUUUCAGUCAGAUGUUUACUCGUACGGUAUCGUUCUGUAUGAGCUGAUGACAGGAGAAUUGCCUUAUUCUAUGAAUGGAAACAGAGAUCAGAUCAUCUUCAUGGUUGGCAGAGGCUAUCUUACUCCAGAUCUCAGUAAACUGUACAAGAGCUGUCCUAAAGCCAUGAAGAGACUUGUUGCUGACUGCAUACAGAAGUCCAAAGAUGACAGGCCCUUGUUUCCACAGAUUCUUUCCUCAAUAGAGCUUCUCCAGCACUCCCUCCCUAAGAUAAAUCGCAGCGCGUCUGAGCCAUCACUGCACAGAGCCUCGCACACCGAAGACAUCAACGUCUGCACUCUAGCACUCACAUCUGCCUUCAAGUGAAGCCAACACGCUCACUUCAGCUAAAGACACUCUAGAGUCAACAGACUCAAAAAUAUUCAAGCUAUGAAUGGAUUCUCAGUGGAUGAAUUUAGCAUCCUAGUGGCCACUCUGAAAUGUUUUUUCAUGUGCUAGUUGUUUAUGUGCUUUGUCUAAUGUUUUCUGUAUGUUAAAGGGAUAGUUCACCCAAAAUGACCUGGCCCAACCCUAAUGAUGCUAAUCUCUCUUCUGAUUUGCUGGUCUUCAAUGUUGCCAAGGAACUCUUGGAGACAGAGAGAGAGAGAACAGCAAAUAGCACUUUCUGUACACAAUUCAGACUUUAUCAGUUGUGUCUCAUCUUAUUGUAAAGUUUAAAGGGAUAGUUCACCCAAAAGAAACAUUCUAUCUUUAUUUACUCACCAUCAUGUUGUUCCAAACCUGUAUGAAUUUACUUCUGUGGAACACAAAAAGCUGUUGUUUAUGUCAAAGUAUCCAAGCUGCUCUCAUCCAAUGACUGAGACUGUCCCUGGACCCCAUCCAUUUAUAUUGGAUGGAAAAGAGCAGCCUGGACAUUCUGCUGAAUUACUUUUGUGUUUCAUGGAAGACAGAAUUAAAAUUUAAGACAGAACUAUUCUUUUAAAUGGGUAUUUUCACAAAUAACUUCACAAACCCCCCUUGAUCAGAUGUACUAUCAUAAAGAUGGGUUUCAUAUUAGGCAAUUGUACAAUCAGUGGUUCAUAAAAUGGCUAGACAUGUAGCAUGUUGUAUAUUUUCCCUAAGUGCCAGUACCGCUAAUGGCCAUGUGUGGUUGUGAACAUGAAGUUGGUCGUGUUUUUUAUCAGACGCCAUCUAAAUGCCUACUGCACAGAGGGUAUGGGGAGCACUUUAUGAUUAUGUGUCCUGUUGUCUCUUUGAAUUUGUACUUAUUACAAAAAUCAAAGAAGAGUGGGUAUUACCUUUAUUAUUAAACUUAUUAGGGAUUCAUAUAUUUUUGGCUUGUUAUUGCUUGUCAUUGAGAAUUAACUUGUAAACUUGACAGAUUGUUUAUCCAUUGUAUUUUAAUAAAAUUAAGUUAAAUACAGCACACAAGCUGUUUAAAAUGACUCAAGCUUAGUUUGAAGCAUACUAUCAUGCCUUUUUUCUUUCAUUAAAAUGGUAACCA